UGUACACCUGGCAUGGAGCGAUGUUCAUUCUAGGUGGCAUGUAUCUACAAACUGUAGCAGCUGCUGCCAUGUUUCGGGGAAUACCUAGAGCCGCCAAAGAAGAACUAAAGAAGCGCAGAAGAGACACCCGUCUCGGGAUGGCAAUUGCCGAUAUGAUAAAAUUCGGCGCUUACUGCUUGAGUAAUCUUGCGUAUACAAUUGGGGGGUUUACACUGACCACGUACUGCGUUCUACUUGGCAUCAGGCGGGGCAUGAGUCUCACGCGAGCUGCUCAGAUGCUGACCAUGCUGCAAAUUAGCAAUGCCAUCAGCCGCUUCCUAGUGGCAGCCGUAGGAGACAGGCGAUGGUUCCCACGUCAUCUGGUCCUCGGUUUCACACCAUUUGUUGGCGGCAUCAUCAGCCUCAUGCUUCUGCGUGCGGAGACGGUGUGGGCGUUUGCACUUUGCUGUGUGCUGUACGGAACUAGCUUUGGCGUACGAGCGAGCGUGCAGACACCUACACUAGUAGACCUAUUCGGCAUACAGAAUCUACCAAUGGUUCAGUCCAUCUACAUACUCUUCGGCGGGAUUGGCAUUUUGACUGGACCAGUGGCAGCCGGUUUUCUCAUGGACCGCUACACUAGCGACCUGAGACCCGUCUUUAUCCUUUCUGGAAUCUCAUGUAUUGUGAGUGGAGUCUUGCAGGGUGGCGCCCUCUGCAUUAACUACAGACAGAAGCGCGCGAGUGAGGAACCACCAAAGUUAGGACGGAGUGACUGACACACAGGACACAAUAUUAGAGGAAACACGUUAAGUUAAUUAAUGUGUUAACUCGCAAACACUGCAAACUCAACUAUGUUACGUAUAGAUGCACGAGGUAAAACAUUCUGAAUGUAAUUUAAUAUAAUUUGUUACUGUGUUAAUUCUGAAACCACAAUAUUAUGCGCAGUGUGUGACUAUCUGUUACUAUAGAUGUAAUUGUGAUUAAUAUCAAUAUAGUGCGAACAAAGAAUAAUCAGUUUUAGCUAAUAAUAUCGUUAGCAAAGAGACUUAUUUCAAAAUGGUGGUGUUGCAUAUUUUUAGUUACGCUAUAUUUUUUGGUAAGAUACAAGAAAUUAAAAGCAGUAGUCAUAGUACUAGUAGCCAAUUUAUCAAUUAUAACCUAUAAUGUAAUUAUUAAUAAUUAAUAAUAUUGAUAACUGAUAAUGAACCCAGGUUUCGGUUCCCCGGUAAUGCAUAAUCCUAAUCUGUUUGGUAUUCAGAACGGUUGCAAUGAUCGAUCAUGCCCACGUACGUUUGUCAUGACAUUCAGUAAAAUUAAAGCACCAAUAUUUUUAUCUGGAGAAA